AUGGCUAUUACUACUCGAAUGAUCACAAAAGGAAUACCGCCGAGGCUCCAUGAUCCCAAGCCAACGGGGAAGCCGCGCACAAAGAAGAGCAACACAAAAACGGCGACGAUGCAGGGCAGCUUCAAAUGGGCAAUAAAAGACUCCGACAACUCUGAGAAUGAAGAACUUUCCUCGGGUGAUGACUCUGAGUCAGCACGCAGAGCCAAGAAGAAGGCUGGCAAGCAGCAGCGUCUCAACCUUCCAGAUUCAGAUGAGGUGGAGGUGGCCGACGACAGUGAACGGUGGGGUAAGGAUGUUGAGGAAGUGGAUGAUGGUGUUGAUGAUGAGCAGUCAGCUGAUGAACAAGAGAAUGAUGGUCUUGACAACCACCAAUGUGGAGCCGACCUACAAGAAAAGCCUGUAAAAAAAGAAUCAAUGCUCAACCUCCUGACCAUAAUGACUGACAAAGUCACCAUGAAGUUCAAGAUAAGUGCAGAUGAGUAUGAUACAUUGAUGGGACGAUGGUGUACUGUUUGCAAGGGUGAUGAGGCAUUUGUCAAAGCACAUGGGAAGUGCAAGGCCUUCCACAAGGGAGGGAAUUCUUCCUGUCGUGCACACAUCCGUCAGCAUUUUGAUCUUUACAAGCAAAAAUGUGAAAAGGAAGACAUACCGAUGAGCCAUUGGGCCAUACCUCACAAUAUCUGGAAGACCAUGGAGGAGGAGAAGGAGGCUAAACACCGAGGUUGA